CCGAAGUUUCCUGCGAGAGAUAGAAUCAACAACUUCCCCUCCUCAGUGUCCUGAGGAGACCUAGACUGCUCUUGUGCUGAAGCAGAAGACAGAUGCCUUUUUACAUUUCCUGGGUCUAAGAACAAGGCCACAGGCAGCGAGCUCCAUGAAGCUGUGGUUGAAAAGUCUGGCCCUACGGGCACUGAGGAGCCCCCGGGGUAUCUGCGGGGUUCACGGGCAGCCCCCAUCCCCACCUGCCCCCGAGAUCACGGCCACCUGGGAGGCCAUCAGCCUGGGGAGGCAGCCUGUGCCUGAGUACUUCAACUUCGCUCAUGAUGUGCUGGAUACGUGGAGUCGGCUGGAAAAGGCUGGGCACCGGCCCUCGAACCCAGCUUUCUGGUGGGUAGGCGGCACGGGAAAAGAGAUCAAGUGGAGUUUUGAAGAGCUGGGCAAGCACUCCAGGCAGGCAGCCAAUGUUCUGGAGAGCGCCUGCGGCCUGCAGCCCGGGGACAGGGUGAUGGUGGUGCUGCCUCGGCUCCCAGAGUGGUGGCUGGUCAGCGUGGCUUGCAUGCGGGCAGGUGUCAUCAUGAUCCCCGGCGUCUCUCAGCUGACGGAGAAGGACCUCAAGUACCGACUGCAGGCAUCCGGGGCCAAGUCCAUCAUCACCAGCGAUGCCCUGGUUCCCCAGGUCGAUGCCAUCUCUAGUGACUGCCCUUCCCUCCAAACCAAGCUGCUGGUGUCAGAUGGUGGCCGUCCAGGAUGGAUGAACUUCAGGGAACUCCAGCGAGAGGCGUCUUCAGAGCACAACUGUGUGAGGACCAAGAGCCAAGAUCCCCUGUCCAUUUACUUUACCAGUGGAACUACAGGGAACCCCAAGAUGGUGGAGCAUUCCCACAGCAGCUACGGGCUGGGCUUUGUGGCCAGUGGAAGGCGAUGGGCAGCCUUGACCGAAUCAUCCAUCUUCUGGAACACAACUGACACUGGUUGGGUGAAGGCAGCCUGGACUUUCUUCUCUGCCUGGUCCAAUGGAUCUUGUAUUUUUGUUCAUGAGCUCCCCCAAGUAGAUGCCAAACUUAUCCUGAAUACUCUCUCCAGGUUCCCGGUAACUUCACUCUGCUGUGUCCCUACCCUCUUCCGGCUGCUUGUUCAGGAGGAUCUGACCAGGUAUCAGUUCCCCAGCCUGAGGCACUGCCUGACGGGAGGAGAAGCCCUCAACCCUGACGUGAGGGAACGGUGGAAGAGCCAGACGGGCCUGGAGCUGCAUGAAGGCUACGGGCAGUCGGAAACUGUUGUAAUCUGUGCCAACCAAAAAGGCAUGACAAUCAAGUCUGGAUCCAUGGGGAAAGCAUUUCCGCCUUACGACGUGCAGAUUGUGGACAAUCAGGGCAAAGUCCUACCUCCGGGAGAAGAAGGGAAUGUUGCUGUCCACAUCAAACCCACCAGGCCAUUCUGUUUCUUCCGCUGCUAUGUGGACAAUCCUGAGAAGACAGCCGCAUCAGAACAGGGAGACUUUUACAUCACGGGGGACCGAGCCUGCAUGGACAAGGAUGGCUACUUUUGGUUUCUGGGGAGGAGUGACGAUGUGAUCAACUCCUCAAGCUACCGGAUCGGGCCCGUUGAGGUAGAGAGUGCCCUUGCUGAGCAUCCAGCUGUCCUGGAGUCAGCUGUGGUCAGCAGCCCAGACCCCAUCCGGGGAGAGGUAGUGAAGGCCUUUGUAGUCCUUACUUCUGCCUACAGCUCGCAGGAGCCAGAGGCACUGACGAGGGAGCUCCAGGAGCAUGUGAAAAAGACAACUGCUCCAUACAAAUACCCCAGGAAGGUGGAGUUUAUUUCAGAACUGCCCAAGACAGUUUCUGGAAAAAUCCAAAGGAGUAAACUGAGAAACCAAGAAUGGGGGAAAUAAAGAGCAACCCUAGGAAGGGCCUAUCGACCCCUCAAGAGUCCAAGAGGAGGAGCUCACAGACACCACUUCUAAAUACACAUCUCCAGAGUCACUGGAUGGCCCUGGAAAGUUCUGGAAGAUCACAGCGGACCUGGGGCACAGAGACAACUGCACAGUCUAGAAAAUGCUCUGUGCCUCAAUCUCCUCUUCUGUCUAGAGGUGUCGUCAGUAUCUUUCCUUGUGUUCUACCAAGAGAUUUCAGCUGUUUCUAAGGAAAACAAGGAACCAUAGCCUUGCAGCCUGGACUCGCGGUGGAAGAGGCAAAGCUUGACUCCUGGGAAUGAAGCCAUUGGCUCAUACCACCCAAGCUGUAAAGCUAGCAAUACUUUUUAGUUUAGACAUCCCCUCUCUGAGAAUCUCCUCAAAAGCCAUGAUUCAAACUGUAGAAAAUGGUGUACACAAAUGUUCACUGCAUCAGCCCCAUGCCAGUGGCUUACACCUGUCAUCCUAGCUACUCAAGAGGCUGAGAUCAGAGGAUGACACUUCCAAGCCAGCCCAGGCAAGAAAGUCAGUGAGACUCUUGUCUCCAAUUAACCACCAGAAAAUCAGAAGUGUUACUGUGGCUUCAGGACCAGAGGGGGGAAAAAGUUCACUGUAGCAUUGUUUAAAUUUCUUUUAAAAAAUCAAGGUCAAGACAAUAAGAAAAUGACUAACCAUGUGAACUAACUCAGUAGCAUACAUAUUAUAUGGCUAUAAAAAUAUUUAAGGGAAGUUUAUCAUGCCUUAGAGUUUUUUUUUAAAGAAGCUACUUUUACACUCAAAAACCAGGAUAAAAUGAUUUGCACAGAACUGUGAAGAAAAAUGAAAGAAAAGAUGUAGCUG